AUGAGCUGGUACUUCAUCCCUCUAUCAUCCGCGCGCUACCAGUCUCAGAGGGGAAGGGAUGUCAAAUAUCUCGUUCAGCUGCUGGCCAGUCGUAACCGCUAUGCAACCACAAAUAACCUUCUACUACGUCCCGAGCGCUAUUUCAGAUACGAUCGUUUCUCGGAUGCUGGUGCCCAGAUCAGGCUUAUAGAAUUCCGUGCAGAACCUGUGAGCAACCGCAUCCAUCUGAGGAUGACUGUGCACGACAUCACAUCAUUGCCCUACUACACUGCCAUAUCGUACGAGUGGGGCACAAGUAGAGGUACACAUCUGAUCCUUGUCGAUGGAUGGACGAUGCCAACUGGAGAGAACUGCCAUCGCGUACUUCGACAAUCCCGGAAUCAAUGCGCAUCUGUGUACUACUGGAUCGAUGCUAUCUGCGUCGAUCAGUGGCAUAAUGCAGAGAAGUCGAAGCAGGUCCAACUUAUGAGCUUUGUGUACCGCAAUGCUCAAUCCACAGCCGUCUGUAUUGGCGAACAUGUCCCACUCAGCGCUUUCUUGUACAGGCACCUCGAGGCAACAGUGGAAGCAAGAGCAUUUUCACUCGUUUCCGAGGACAGGAUCAUCAACGCCGCAGAGAAUGUAUGUGCUCGGAGCUACUUCCGACGCCUGUGGAUCGUGCAAGAGAUCCUGCUGUCCAAAGAGAUAAAGUUGUAUUGCGGCGACGAUAUUCUUGCCUGGAGCACACUUCGGGAAUUUACCGUUGGCGACGGCAAGAACGACUUCGUGAGGGGAGAUAAAUGCUCAUCGUACAUCAAGCUGGCUCUAUCACGUAUGCGAGGAACUCUGACGACUGACUGGCGACUUGAGGAACUCGUCGAUGGCUUCGCAGGUCAAGAGUGCUCUGACACGCGUGACAAGAUCUAUGGCAUGUUAGGCUUACCAUCUAUGUCAGGCAAUAUGGCUAAUGCACUACCUCUGACGCCGGACUACGAUCUGCCAAUAAUCGGGACAGCUCUGGAAGUCAUUCGGUUCUACCGAUACAGCACCUCAGCAGACACAUUUACCAAGGCAUGCAGAGAAGUCGUUGAAGCACUGGAAGUCGAACACCAUGACUCAGCCGUCCAAGCACUUCUGAAGAGAUCCAACAAUGAGCUGCGAUUCGCAAUCGCUGAAAUUCUCGAGCACCAACGUCAACAGACGUGGCAUGGCUCACCAGCAGCACACCGAAGACUCGCGAGCCUGGUCGAGAGGCAUUUUGCCAUCCGCAGAGUAGGAGAAAGUGCGUAUCGGCAGGCUGACCUGCGGCGUACCCUCGCUAACACGAACUACGAUGGUUCUGCUACAACAGUCAGAUCGUCCCAGCGUACGCCACGCUUUGUCGACCUGAUUCCAGACAAUAUGGACUCUGCUUCAGCUCGAUACAGACUGAGCAAUCUAUAUCGCUUGGCGCUUCAAUGUCCCAUCGUCCAAUCCGAACCACACCCCCGGAGCAAGACCCCAGCUUCGCAUGAUCAGAUGAUCUGCACGUGUCUACAGGACUGCUCAGAUAUGACCCGGCGAGAAGGCGCUGAUGGCGCUGGUGGCGGAGAUCUCUGCCUAUAUGUCGAUGCGGAAGACAUUCUUGCGCAAAUGCUGCACUCACUAAAGGCAGAAAGGCAAGCUAGUACGGAUCGCACGAAGCUAGCCAGUAACGCCUACGGUCUACAAAGUGGCGAGAAGGUGCAACAGAGCAACAACCGUGACCCUUCAGUGUGA